AAAUCGUUGAAAGUACCCGCGUUAUAACGACCAAGAGAAAUCUAACAAAUCAAGCGCCCCUUAGUACUCAACUAAGCCCGCAACUCUCUAAAACAACCUAAAUGAGCUCUUACUUUGUAAACUCGUUCUCGGGGCGCUACCCAAAUGGCCCCGACUAUCAACUGCUAAAUUAUGGAGCCAGCAGCGGCGCAAUGAACGGCGGGACGUACAGGGACUCUUCCUCCGCCACCAUGCACCAUGCGACGGGCUCUUACGGCUACACUUACAAUGGCAUGGACCUAACCGUCACUAACCGUGGAGGGGGAAGCAGCGGCGCCACCAACACCGGAGGACACUUCGGGGGCAGCUCGGUAGCCGGGGACUCCCUGGGCUUCGGCUCCCCGGCCCCGGAGAGGGGCUUCAGACAGCCUUCAAGCUGCUCCCUCGCCUCUGCAGCAGACUCCCUCCUGUCACCUAGUAGUGUAGACACCAAGCUAGGCGCCCAGUGCUCGUCUCCCCGAUCGGAGCAACCAGGAAGAGGUAAUCUCAGCUCUCCAAACCUAUCUUCCACCUCCUCCGGCGGAGGUGGCGGCGGCGGCGGCAGCAUGGCGCAGCGCUUCACGGAACUGGAGGACGCCUCGCCAGAGACCGAGGAGAUGCAGCACAACCGGGACGGCAGCAACCAGCCGCCCAGGAACGGGCACCCGCAACCCGUGCAGAAGCAGGAGAGCGGCCCGGCGGGAUCAGCCGCUGGCAGCACGACGGGCAGCGAGGCUCAGUCACCACAAAUAUUCCCCUGGAUGAGAAAGCUACACAUUAGCCAUGAUAUGACGGGCCCGGACGGGAAACGGGCGCGGACGGCUUACACGCGCUACCAGACUCUCGAGCUGGAGAAGGAGUUCCACUUCAACCGGUACCUCACGCGGCGGCGACGGAUCGAAAUCGCGCACGCGCUCUGCCUCACGGAGCGACAGAUCAAGAUCUGGUUCCAGAACCGGAGGAUGAAGUGGAAGAAGGACAACAAACUGAAAGGCAUGGGCCUGGCCACCGCCGGCAGCGCCUUUCAACCCUAGAAAUUAUUAUCAUUACCCAGUAAAGAAAAAAUCAUCAGUCCAUCUCUUUGGAAAGGUGUGCAGUGCAGGCUUCCCGUGAGGAGAAAGAGACAAAAAGUAGAAAAAAUGAAGUAAAAAAAACAAACAAACAGAAGAAGCCAACAGAACAUGAAGCAAAAGGAGACGACGAUGAAGAAACAUGUGUAUAACAGAUUCCAAAUCUACAUUUUAAAAACACUUCCUAUCAUCAACUGAGUACUGUACAGCAGCGCAGCACUUUUUAUUUGUUCGGCAUGUUGGUCUUUGGUGUUUUAGGGCAACGUAAAAAAAUGACUAUGGUACUUGCUCUUGUAAGAAAAAAAAAAUCUUAGUGUUCCUGUAUGAUGUCGUCGUUUUUAUAAUAGCUGUCCGGAGGAGAGGAGGGCAGGAUGAAUAAUGCUACCUAACUCUAACUACGUUUCUACCUACGUCCUACCUUACAACUUUGCUACCUAGGCUACCUGUUGUUUAAUGUCUAAAUAUCGUUUAAUGUGUCAAGUGCCAUGUUUUGUAAUUGACGAUGUGCUUUCUAGAGAAGUUAGCAUGUAAGUUAUUUACAGCCGAUAAUGCGUGUAUAGCCAGUUUGAGCCCCCCUUCCCCUCUCUCUGUCUGUUACUUGCCAUUCAAAUCUGCUCCUAUUUUUAUUGAGGAAGCAGGGAAGGUCUGUGUGUGUGUGUGUGUGUGUGUGUGUACGUUUGUGUGUGUCUAAAAACAAACCAGCCCUGCCUACAUCUCCUUAUCCACCCAUAAUGUUGUGUAUAGCUCUAUUAUUCAAAAAGUGUAACUGUAUAUUAUUAUUAUUAUUAUUAUUGUAAUUAUUGGAUCCAUGUUUCAGAAAGGAUGUAUAUAGAUAUAUAUUGACAUUUUUAAAUGUGACCAGUUGUCUAUUUGUAGUUGCAGUGUGUGAGAGUGUGUGCGUGCUUACGUAAGUGUGGCGUAUGAGAGCGUGUGUGUGCGCAUGUAAGGGAAAUGGCUACCGUCCUGUGAGGCCUGUGAGCUUUCUGCCAAUGAGCUUUUUGUAUUUGUUUGUAACUUGGAGUAAAAAAAACAACAACAAUAAAGUAAAGUAACAAUAAA